AUGUUCCAAGGCCAGCAAAACAAAAAGCAGCAAUGGAUCACGCACGAUGCGCUGCUCAUUCAGGCAACAGUGCAAACUCUGAGAGCAAUGGCAUAUUCGCAGCUCAACUUCACCCUUGAAAAUAUCAUCCUGCCCAUUUUGAGCUCGGCCUUCAAUGGAACAAGUCUCGAAGGUAUUUCGCACGAAAAAGUGGUUCUCUGCAUCAGAACCUACGCCUGUAUAAUAUCGGACUACAAAUCCAGAGAAAGACCGCCGUUCCCAACAGACUAUGUCAUCCACUCGUCGAUGGAUCCAAUGGAGUUCAGCAAUAACGAUAACAGAGAGAUUUUCGAUGUCAACUCUUCGAACGCCGCGGUUCACGAGGAGUUUUCCGGAAUAUUCAUUGGACUGUUGUUUCUUCUUGAUCACCAAGUUGGUUGCAAGACACUGGAUGGAAAUAUUGCCAACGUUGGCCCAAAUGGAUCUACUUCAGGUUCAAACUCGAGCACUCCAACGUUGCCGAUGAAACUCACGCAGUUCUACUUCCAUCAGGACGGAAACCAAGCUAAGAACCUGGAAUUAUUCUCCACGGUGAUCUCAGUGAUUUCGUGGUGUUUGAGCAACAACUCGUCUCAAUACAGAAGAGUCAUUGAACUUUUGGUGAAGAAUAGCAUUCACGAGGACGAAAACGUGAGUUCCUUCUCUAUUGAAACUCUCAAGAUCUUAAUGACCAAGAAGAACCCCAACGUCAUCAUGACAGUGUUUGCCAGAACUGCAUUCUACCUUGACGAAAAAGCUGCCAGUUUGUUGAAUCACGAGUACGUCUCGUCAACGGAGUACGUCAGAUUGCUUGAGAUUUACGUUGACCUUCUUCAGUGCUGGCUCGAGUAUCUUGCUGAAGCUCAUAAAGGCUCUUUGGAGACUCCGAACGAAAUGUACAAUGUGAACCAUGGAUUUGUUCAGGAAGAAAUCCAGGAGACCAAGCCUUUUGAGGACCUGGAACUAAAGACAAUCGUUACCAUGAUCGACGAAGUCGAGGGUAAUGGUUUGUUUUUCCUUUUCAGUCACGAUUUUAGAGUGCGAUUCCUUGGUUCCCAGAUUCUGCGGAUCAUUGCACAGUUUGAUGAGGUUAUCUACGAUUUGACAAGCGACACUGCUGCUCCCAAGGAAACCGAGGAGGAGUACAAGAAAGUUCACAACAGAAUGCCAUCCAAGUUUGCCGCCGAGUUUGGUACGAGAAUUAUCCAUGUUCUGGAGUCGUUAGAUUUCUUUGAGUUUAUCAACCCCAAGAAACCGGUUUUGAGCGAGGCAGAAAACAAGAGGUUGGCUCGGCUUCAGCAUAAACAGCGGAAAGAUACCAUCAUCCGUUUGGCUGAAAGCAAUCAUGGAGUUGAUGCCGCUUUGUGGUUCAAGGUAUUUGAGGAAGUGUUGGAUGCUCUCGUUAGAAGCUGUCCUAUUCAGAUAGCCAUUGCAAGAUCGCACAGUUGUAUCCGUUUGGUGCAACUCUAUGACCAUCUGGUGACGGUGAGUGUUGACCCGAACGCCAAAAGCGUGAGUUCGCUUAUCUGGGAUUACAUGCUAUGUCUUAAGAUUGCGUGCUCGUCUUUAACAUCUACGAGCGAGCAAAGAUUGCACAUUCCUGCGGUGUCCACACCAACUUCGACCUCGUCUCUUUACUCGCCAUUGACCAAAUCGCACAUGAGAAAACGGUCUCAGCAGCUUUUCACAGUGCAGCACCAAAAGAUCACCAGUGCUAAAUCGAUUUUCAAGAUGACUGUCCCUUUGUUGACUGCAACAAACACCAAAUUGAAAGAGGCUCUGGUGGAAGGUUUAAGUUGUUUGAACGUAAACAUUUUCAAGAGUUUCCUGCAGAGUAUCGAAGGCAUUCUCGACAGCUGGCAGAACGGCAGGCAGUUUAGCGACGCUGAUCUUCGGCUUCGUGUGGAAAUCACAGGAAUUCUGAACAAGGUGAUUGCAAAGUUCCACAAGGUAGACACCUCGUUUGUGGACGACACUGUCGCAAAGAAGCUGCAGUUCAUCUUGGAAAACAACAAGGAGUUCCUUUCUAGGCCAGAAUCGCAGACGGACUUCCAGCUGCAACGACUGCGCAAGUAUUUCUGCGGACUUCUGGAAAACUUCCAUCUUGAGUGUCUGAAACUCGGUGAAGUUGAGAGGUGGCUUCCGUUCCAGUUCAGAAAGGAGUCGUUCGAGUUCAUGGAUGAAUGGUGUGGAUACGGAAAGAACACCACUCUGUUCAAUGAACGGUACAGAAAAAUGAUGGAGGACAUUUCCAAACGUCCCGAUUAUGUCACCUUACAAGCUUCUUUGGAGCUCCAAAGAAGACAGCUUCAGUACAGCACUAUCAGCUGUAUGGCCAAUUUGUGUUCGAGUCCCAUUGCAACAGAAGAAGAGUCUUUCAACAUUUCGAAAGUUCUCGAUUGGGUUGACUCGCUCUUCAACACUUACACCGACAAGAUCAUCGAGAUGGCCAAGAACGCUCUUUUGCAGAUUCUUGUGGUUAGCACGGGCUCUGCAGAGAUUCUGGACCGAGUCACAAAGAAGUGUUAUACUCACGACCCUGCCUUAGACAACUACUUUGUCACUUUGAGCGAAGCUUUUGUCAAGGGAGACGGGUUCAAUAGAACAGUGCAUAGACCUUUGGCUUUGGGACUUUUCGCCUGUGGGUCGGACAACAUUGAUGUUCGUACUGCUGCCGCCAAUCUUUUGGAGUUCACAGAGAUGAAGUACUAUAAAACCAGCACUUGUGUCAGUUUCAUUGACGGAAUAUGCUGUCGGUCAAGAGUCAUUUACAAGAGAACGCUUUUCCAGCUGUCGACGCAUUUUGCAACCACGCAUCCAGAAAACAAGUACGAGAUGAUAUCGGAGCUCACCAUGUUGUUCCAUGUUGUUGGAUCGAGUCCAAGACGAGACAUAUUGGCCGUUCUGCUUCCUUGGGUGCAGAUGGUGGAACUCAACUUGGAAAGAGACAAUUCCAACAGACUGAAUUCGCUGAUGGUGCUGGCCAACUUUUCUGAAAUCACUGUCAAGUUUGCUCACAAGAUGCAGAACGAGGUUGAAGCGUUGUGGGUGGCUUUGGCCAAUGGUGCAAACUCUUCCAACAUCAAGGAGAUCUACACGUUUAUUGUUGAACAUUCGUUAGAGAUGAAGAACACGGUGAUAUGGGAGUGUUCGAGACAAAUCAUUUCUUCUCUGGCCACCAUUCCAGCAGGGUUGAACUUGAUUGAUACUCUGAUCUCCAAUCUGGAUCCCAAGGCAAUGAUCCCUGUUGAGAACGUCACUACAGAGAAUCUCUCCAUCGAAGACGAGGUAAGCUCCGACCACGGGUUACCAUAUAUUGCACAGAUGUCCAAGAUCGUGCCUGCUGGCAAUUCCACCACGACUCCUUCGUUUUCUCUGUGUGAGCUGUCAGUGAUCUUUUUGGCCGAUCUGCUUCUAACACCAAGCGAGAACGUGAGAUCCAACCUGUCUUUGCUUCUGCAUCUGUCUUUCGUUCUUCUGGACGACCAGUUACCAAUAGUUCAGGAUCAGGCGUGUGCCAUGCUUGUGCAUCUGAUUCACCAGUAUGGAGACGACCAGGAGGGAAAUUGCAAGAAGAUCACCGACUCUUUAAGAAGUCACGACCGCCAGAGAAGUUUCUGGGCACAUGGUGAUCUUUCUGGAGCCAAACAUGGCGGCCGGAUCCCAGAGACCAUGAACUCGCUUGUUAGAAACGUUCUAAUGGUCUUCGAGAAGAGUUAUCCGGGACUCCAACAGGAUUGGAGUCGUACCUCGCUUGCAUGGGCCACGUCUUGCAAAGUGAUGCACAUUGCUGCACGUUCGUUCCAGAUCUUCCGUUGUUUGAUUUCCUUCUUGGACCUGGGAAUGUUGAGAGACAUGCUUUUAUGUCUGGCAAACACUGUUUCGGACGAGAACAGCGGGAUCCAGAGCUUCUCUAUGCAGAUUUUGAUGACGCUCAAUGCCAUCACUGCGGAGCUGUAUAGCGAACAGCUGAUUGAUUUCCCGCAGUUGUUCUGGUCUGUGGUGGCCUGUCUGAAUACGAUCCACGAGACAGAGUUUAUUGAAGUUCUGUCGACUUUGUCGAAAUUCAUUUCCAAGAUCGAUUUGGACUCUGACGAGACCGUCGAGUGUCUGAUUGCAACGUUCCCUCCUAACUGGGAAGGUCGAUUCGAGGGUCUUCAGCCGUUGAUCAUGAUGGGACUGAGAUCUGCCGACGCUUACGAGCCGACAAUUAGAUUAUUGGACAGACUGAAUCUGCUUAAAGACAGUGCCAUUAUUGGGUCGGGAGAUUACCGGAUUUUGAUGGCACUUCUGGCCAACAUGCCGCGCUUUGCACACGCACAGACCACAAAACGGUUUAGCGAGGAAGUCGUCGAGGCAGCCUCUGUUGUUGGGUCGAUGGCCGAACGAGCAAACAUUCCUGGAUUGAGUCGGAUUCUGAACUCUUUGAUCAUGAAGAAGUUCCGGAACAAGGAGGACUUCAUGAGCCAGAUCGUGAGUGUGAUUAAACGGCACUUCUUCCCUGAGUACUCUGCACAAGCGCUGGUGUUUUUGCUAGGUCUGUUAUUCAACAAGACGUCCUGGGUGAAGCUGGAAAUGCUCGAUUUCUUAAAGCACAUUUUCAAGGCUGUUGACCUCACAAGCAGCACGUUUGUGGGUCUGGGAGCCGAUCUGGUGUCGCCAUUGUUGAGACUGUUGAUGACCGACUACGUUGACCUGGCUCUGGAGGUUUUGGACGAGGCAAACAGCAUUUCUGCGUCGCCAUUCGACAAGCACUAUCUGAUGAUGAGUUCGGGCGACCCGAGCGUGCGCAGAGAGUACGAGAAGAUCGCCACGCUGUUUGGUAUUCCAGAUGAGAGCGGAUGGUCUGUUCCGAUACCUGCAGUUAGCACGGCCCGUACCAGAAACAACAUUCAUUCGGUGUUCUCGACGUGUGUGGUCACCACUACCAAGGACGGCGAGGAGCCGCAAGAGGAGAUUGUCGAGCCCGAGUUCAACAGGGACGACUACGUGCAUUACAGUCCAGCGUGGGCGGACCAGAGACCGCAUCCGGGUAUCAACAGACAGCAGAGCAGUCUGCAGGACGACGAGUCCGCAGAGGACCGCAACUCGUUGAGCCACAUGCUGGCCACGCUCGAAAACCUGGACUCGUUUUUCACCAAGGAAAACAUGGACUUCUCGGACACCUAUGGCCACCAGUACAACGGGUCUGUGGACACGCGGUCGACCACGGCCACGUCGAUGGACCAGAACAACUGGUCGUUGAACCUGGACUCGCCGCAGCUGGACCAGAACAUGCAGUUUGCGUCCACGCCGUCGUUCAAGACGCUCAUCGCCGACACCGCACGCAGUCCGACGGAGCUGUCUGUUGCGUCGUUCCGCAACUCUGCGCGGCUGGGAAAGCGAGUCUCGUCGUUCAGCAACGUUUCUGUUCCGAUGCAGCUGGCCGGCAAGUCAGGCAGCGAGUACUCGAACCACUUGCAGGACCUGUCGCCGCUCGGGUCGCCAAUGGUGUCGAACCAGAGCCAGCCGGGCGAGGAGUCGGAAGGUCUUUUCCGGUUCGAGAUCCUCAGACCGUCAAGCAAGGUCAAGAAGCGUCCGUCCAAGCUCAAUGCGCCGCUGGUGUCUACGAGCGACCCGUCGAUCCCGCUGGCAAAGCCGUCGCCAAGAACUCCGCGCACAACUCGCUCGUCCCGCACUCCUCGCAGCCCGUACACCAAAAGCAUGCGGUUCAGCAGAACCUAUUCGCCAGCAUACAGAAAGUCUGUUCGUCUCUACGACAGCCCUACGCGCGAGAAGCAAGAGGGCCCGGAAAACCAAUGA